CAGCGUCAGUUCGGAGUCGCACAAUUAUGAAAAAGCAACCUUCCGCUGGAGCUGGAGCGGAGGCAGAUUUCUCCAACGUCAACUGGGCUUUCCUUUCAAGGCUAACUGAUAACACCGCCAAUAGAUGGCUAAAAGCCACGAAAGAGCUCUUCCUGAGUCUGAACGGUGAAGAGAAUGCUGUCUUUUGGUUCUGUGCAGUCCCAGAAAUCCUGGAUAGAAAGAACUUUCACCAAGAGGGAAUGUGUAUAUAUCCUACCAGUGUCAAAAGACCCCCACAGAUGUCUUCCAGGAUGUCAGGUCUGCCAGCAGCUGGUGCGGUGCUGCUGUGGGCGGCUGGUCAGGCAGCAUGCGGGCUUUACCGCCAGCCUGGCCAUGAAAUACUCGGAUGUGAAAUUGGGUGAGAAUGAGAGGCCCGAGCUGGAGGAGUGGUCCGUGGAGAAGCACACCGAGGAGAAGCCCACCGAUGCCUACGGCAUCAUCAACUUCCAGGGAGGAUCCCACUCCUACAGAGCCAAGUACUGUCGACUGUCUUACGAUUCAAAGCCGGAGAUGGUCCUUCGCCUGAUGCUAAAAGAAUGGCAGAUGGAGCUUCCCAAAAUCCUCAUAUCUGUCCACGGAGGCGUCCAGAACUUUGACCUGCACCCGCGCAUCAAGCAGGUGGUGGGGAAGGGCCUGAUCAAAGCUGCCAUCACCACCGGAGCCUGGAUCCUCACCGAUGGCGUCAACACAGGUGUGGCCAAGCACGUGGGCGACGCCCUGAAAGAGCACUCUUCAAGAUCCUCACGGAAAAUUUGCACUAUUGGGAUUGCCCCCUGGGGGGUUAUAGAGAACAGAAACGACCUCAUUGGAAGAGAUGUGGUUGCCCCAUACCAAACCCUACUGAACCCCCUGAGCAAGCUAAACGUGCUGAACAGUCUCCACUCGCACCUCAUCCUGGUGGAUGAUGGGACCGUGGGGAAGUACGGGGCGGAGGUCAACCUGCGGCGGGAGCUGGAGAAGCACAUUAACCUGCAGAGGAUCCAUGCCAGAAUCGGACAGGGUGUCCCAGUGGUGGCUCUGAUCUUUGAGGGGGGCCCCAAUGUGAUCCUGACGGUGCUGGAGUACCUGCAGGAGAGCCCCCCCGUGCCCGUGGUGGUGUGUGAGGGGACCGGCCGGGCGGCUGACAUCCUGGCCUAUGUACACAAACAGACUGAAGAGGGGGGGGGACUGCCAGACGGUGUUGAGGCCGACAUCAUCGCCACAAUCAAGAAGACCUUCAACUUCAGCCACAGUGAUGCCAUCCACCUGUUCCACACACUAAUGGAAUGCAUGAAGAACAAAGAAUUGAUAACCGUGUUUCAUGUAGGAGCAGAGGAGAACCAGGACAUAGAUGUUGCCAUACUCAAAGCCUUCUUAAAAGGCACGAAUGCUCCUGCGUUUGACCAGCUGGUCCUGACCCUGGCCUGGGACCGAGUUGACAUAGCCAAGGACCAUGUGUUAGUGUACGGACAGCAGCUACUGGUGGGGUCUCUGGAAAAAGCCAUGUUAGAUGCCCUUGUAAUGGAUCGUGUGGACUUUGUCAAGCUGCUUAUUGAGAAUGGGGUCAGCAUGCAUCGGUUCCUAACAAUCAGUCGUCUGGAGGAGCUGUACAACACGAAACAAUCACCAACAAAUCCAACUCUUUUUCAUCUAGUCAGAGAUGUCAAACAGGGUAACUUGCCGCCAAACUACAAAAUCACUCUAAUUGAUGUGGGCCUCGUCAUUGAGUACCUCAUGGGUGGAACUUACAGAUGCAACUACACGAGGAAACGCUUUAGGUUAAUCUACAACAAUCUGCAUGGAAACAAUCGGCGGUCUGGGCGCCAUACACCCAGUGGGUCCCACCUCCGCAAGAGCCACGAGUCCUUCAGCAUUCAGGCAGACAAGAAAGAGAAGACCAGACACAAUCAUUUCAUCAAGACUGCUCAGCCUUACAAACCCAAGCUGGAAUCGUCGACUGAGCAGGCCAAGAAGAAGAGCAAGGAGGACAUUGUGGACAUUGAUGAUCCCGAGACUCGGCGCUUCCCCUACCCCUUCAACGAGCUGCUGGUGUGGGCCGUGCUGAUGAAGCGGCAGAAGAUGGCUCUCUUCUUCUGGCAGCACGGUGAGGAGUCCAUGGCCAAGGCCCUGGUGGCCUGCAAGCUGUGCCGCUCCAUGGGUUAUGAGGCCAAGCGGAGUGACGUGGUUGACGACACUUCAGACGAACUAAAGGAUUAUUCCAAUGAAUUUGGCCAACUGGCCGUGGACUUGCUGGAGCAGUCCUUCCGUCAGGAUGAGACCAUGGCCAUGAAGCUGCUGACGUACGAGCUGAAGAACUGGAGCAACUCCACCUGCCUGAAGCUGGCUGUGUCCUCUCACCUGCGGCCCUUCGUGGCCCACACCUGCACCCAGAUGCUGCUAUCCGACAUGUGGAUGGGUCGCCUCAACAUGCGCAAAAACUCCUGGUACAAGGUCAUUUUGAGCAUUUUGGUACCUCCUGCCAUCCUUCUGCUGGAGUACAAGACAAAGGCAGAGAUGUCUCACAUCCCUCAGUCUCAAGAUGCCCAUCAGAUGACCAUGGAGGACAGCGAGCACAACCUCCAGAAUCCAGGGGAUGACAUCCAAAUGGAUGUUUUCAAAGAGGUUCGGAUGUGCGACAAUGUUGAGGUCAAGGAUGAGACGGAGGUCCACGUGCGCUCCAGGAGGUUACCCAUCACCAGGAAAUUCUACGCAUUCUACCACGCCCCCAUUGUAAAGUUCUGGUUUAACACGUUAGCUUACUUGGGCUUUCUGAUGCUCUACUCGUAUGUCGUGCUGGUCAGAAUGCCAGCGUUCCCUUCACCACAGGAGUGGGUGGUCAUCCUAUACAUCUUUACGUCUGCCAUUGAGAAAAUACGUGAGAUGUUUAUGUCUGAGGCUGGGAAGAUAGGUCAAAAGAUCAAAGUCUGGUUCAAUGACUAUUUUAACAUAUCAGACUUUGCUGCAAUUGUGUCUUUUUUUGUGGGAUUCGGUUUGAGAUUUGGAGCCUAUGAAGAAAGUGUUUUUAUUGCUGGAAGAACUGUGUAUUGCUUGAAUAUUAUAUUUUGGUACGUGCGUCUCCUUGAUAUUUUGGCCGUGAACCAGCAAGCUGGGCCAUAUGUUAUGAUGAUUGGCAAAAUGGUGGCCAACAUGUUUUACAUUGUGGUGAUCAUGGCGAUAGUGCUUCUGAGCUACGGCGUCCCCAGAAAAGCCAUCCUGUACCCGAACGAGACUGCCUCAUGGACGCUGGCCAAAGAUGUGGUGUUUCAACCAUACUGGAUGAUGUAUGGUGAAGUGUAUGCGUAUGAAAUCGACGUGUGUGCCGAGAAUGCGGAUGAAUCUCAGAAGGCUCUCUGUAGAAGUGGAGUGUGGCUGACUCCACUCCUGCAAGCGGUCUACCUCUUUGUUCAGUAUAUUCUCAUGGUCAAUCUCCUCAUAGCCUUCUUCAACAACGUGUAUCUGCAAGUGAAGUCCAUGUCGAACCUGGUGUGGAAGUACCAACGCUAUCAUUUCAUCAUGGUGUACCACGAGAGGCCAGUCCUGCCCCCUCCACUCAUCUUCCUCAGUCACCUGUCCUCGUUCCUCUCGUACAUCUGCAGGAAGAGGAAGAAGGACAGUUACUCAUAUGGCCCAAAGCUGUUUCUGACUGAGGAGGACCAGAAGAAACUGCAUGACUUUGAGGAGCAGUGUGUUGAGACGUACUUCCAUGAGAAGGAUGACCAGUUUCACACCGGGAGCGACGAGAGGAUUAGAGUGACUGGCGACAAGGUUGAAUGCAUGUUCAUUCAGAUGAAGGAGGUUAGCCACAAGGUGAACUUCAUCAAGCGCUCGCUGCACACGCUGGACUCUCAGAUCGGGCACCUGCAGGACCUCUCGGCCCUGACGGUGGACACGCUGAAGGCCCUGACGGCCCAGCACGCCUCCGAGGCCAGCAAGGUGCACAACCAGAUCACGCGCGAGCUGAGCAUCACCAAGAACCUGGCGUCCAGCGUGGCCGACGGCGAUGCCGGGCUGCCGCACAAGUCGUCCGCGCUGGCCCGCCGCAGCGCCGCCUGCGGCCCCGGCAACAUCGCAGAGUCUCUGUUCGGCCACAGCGCCUACGAGGCCGUCCCCCGGCGGCCGGGUCUGGAGCUGGCUCUGGCCCUGAGCCCGGAGCGGCGGGCGGGCACAGCACACAACCUCCCGGAGGCUGGUCCCUCGGGCAGUGCCUUACCCCACAGUGCUGCUGCUGCCGCCGCUGCCGCCGCUGCAGCCGUGACCCCGCCGGAGCUGCGCUUGCGCGGCCACUCUUUCAUGGAGAGGCAGCCCGGUCGGCUUCAUCCGGACGAGUCCCACAGCAGCCUUCCAGGGGCCCCCGCGCGGACCGCCCAGUUCUUCGUCAGCGCCCCCUCCCAGCCCACGGACGCCUUCGCCUCCCACAGGCUCUCCCAGGUCACCACGCCAGAGCACGACCCCCUGCCCGAGAGCUUCACAGUGGAGUUCGGGGCCUUCGUCGUCUCAAAGACGUCUGACGUUGCCCGCCCGGUUUCCUCUCCUGCUUGCGCUGAGAGGGACAGCACAGUUGCCUCGCCCGCUUGCGCUGAGAGGGAUGGCUAUGUCAAUCAAGCCUUCUGCGAUGAUGACGAUAGCAUAGAGGUUAGCGUUGACCCAGGUGGUCAGGGUAGCACAAAUGAAACGCCCCGAUCGCAGCCCCCCUCGGAUCCCCCGGGCCCGGCAAGUGACCCGCCCCACGAUGACGACACCCAUCCUGAUUACGAGCCGCCCCCUGCUGUUGUCCCUGGGAGUCCCCACGUGGAGAAUGCCCCUGCCCAGCCCCCCAAACGUAGGCAGAAUGGUAAAGGAGUGCUGCGUAGGCUGAGGCACGCGGCCACAGGCAGAGGCCAUAAAGAUGAUGAGGAUCUGCAGCACUCUUUCCCCAUAGACGACGCUGCUGGCAGCCGACAGCUCAGUCCAUCCAAGAAGGCCAAGGGAAUGGGUCGCGCUGAAGGUCACAUGAGGACAGUGAACUCGUACGCUGGCUUCACCGAGUUCGACAGGAACCCCACGCUUCUGCGUCCUGAGUCAACUCUCAGCAAACGGGAUCAGAGUCGAGUGUCCGCAGAGGACAUCCUGGUCCAUAAGGACCCGCGCGCUGCCCUGCUGCUGGAGCGGGUACAAGUCAAAUCAGCCCAGGCCAGCAGUCUAAGCCCCCCAGAUGAGGCCCUCAAUGCUGCAGCAUGCUUGUACACAGCCAGACACACACACCUGGGAGGCAGGAAAGACUCCAUCGGGUCUCCAUUCAAGCCAAUCGAAAGUUACCAGUACUCGGCUGUGGAGCGUAAUAACCUGAUGCGGUUGUCCCAGAGCAUCCCGUUCACCCCUGUGCCCCCUAGAGGGGAGCCGGUGACUGUGUACCGCCUGGAGGAGAGCUCCCCCAACACCAUCAACAACAGCAUGUCCUCCUGGGCCCAGCGCGGCCUCUGUGCCAAAAUCGAGUUCCUCAGCAAGGAGGAGAUGGGCGGCGGUCUGCGCCGGGCCCUCAAGGUCCUCUGCACCUGGUCCGAGUACGACAUCCUCAAGCCGGGCCACCUGUACAUCGUCAAGUCCUUCCUGCCCGAGGUGGUCAACACCUGGCAGAGCAUCUACAAGGAGGACACUGUGCUCCACCUUUGUCUCAGGGAAAUUCAGCAACAGAGGGCUGCCCAGAAGCUAACCUUUGCCUUUAACCAGUUGAGGCCGAAGUCGAUCCCUUACUCUCCCAGAUUUCUGGAGGUGUUCCUGCUGUACUGCCACUCUGCUGGCCAGUGGUUUGCCAUUGAGGAGUGCAUCACCGGAGAGUUCCGCAAGUUCAACAACAACAACGGAGAUGAGAUCGUCCCCACCAACCUGCUGGAGGAGACCAUGCUGGCCUUCAGUCACUGGUCCUAUGAGUACACCCGAGGGGAGCUCUUAGUGCUGGACCUGCAAGGUGUUGGGGAGAUUCUGACCGAUCCGUCUGUGAUAAAGAGUGGUGAAAAGGGGUCACAUAACAUGAUCUUUGGUCCCGCUAACCUGGGAGAUGACGCGAUAAGGAACUUCCGUGCUAAACAUCACUGUAACUCCUGCUGCCGCAAACUCAAGCUUCCUGACCUGAAGCGAAACGACUACACGCCAGACAAGGUGACUCUGACCCAAGACAACCCGCCCGAAGACCCCUCCCAACCCGGAAGCAGCACCAAAGAGCAGCGGCAUUCCAUGCGCCUCAUGCUUUGAGAGGAGAGCAGGCAGGACAAACUUCCCCCUCAGUAAACUGGAAGCCUGUCUCUAUCCCUGCCAAGGUAGACGCAUGCAGACAGCCCCCCCCCCCCCCCCCCUCUCCACCCUCACCUCACCUUUCUCAUUGUGCUUUUUUUUCCUUCAUUUUUUGUAUUAUUUGUCAUGCUCAAGAAGAAAGGCCAGAAGAACUAUGUUGUGGAGGAAGUGUCCCUCUUCUCUGGUGACAUAUCACUACUCGAUGAUCAAAUUCAAAUUUGACCAGAUUUUAAAAUAUGUUGGGGCAUGGGUAGGUUACUUGUAUGAAUUUAUUUUUAAAAGGUUAUAUGUUAUGAGGAUACAGAACUGACAAUUAAACUGGUACAAUCUCAUUGUUUUGAGGGGAAUAUUAUUUAUUAUGAAUAAUGCAAAGUUGCCUUGUAUAAAAUGAAAGCGAUUUUAAGUGCAUUGUAUCUUUUGCCUGUUUCAAGUAGGUUUUGAAGGGAACCUGCUCUAAUUUAAACUGCGCAAUCUUUUGAGCAGAAUGUCAUAAACUCCUUUUUAUAAGUGUAAGAUAUGUGUAGAAAUAUGUAUUAUGGCAUUUGUGGUUCAUACUUACCGAAGAAAUCUAUACAGAUUUGAAAAAUCUUGUAAAAUAUGGGCAGAUUGCAAUGCAACUUUUACAGUUCAAUAUAUGUCAUUUUAAUGUGUCAAAUGCUGAUACUAUGUCCACAGAAAAUGAUUAUAGAGGAAUUUUUAAUGUUAUAAAGGUACUAUUGUCAUCUUUUGUCAUUCAAGUAAUGUAUGAGAAUUUUAAUCUAGUGUAUCUUAUAGAUACAGAUAUUUGGCACGAACUUCACAGAAUAAAAUGGGAAUAUUUUAUGCAGGGGUAUUGUGAAAAGCAAGGGUAUAUUGCCGUAAAACAUUUUGUACUGUAUAUCAUUUCAACUAAUAAAAAAGAAAAUAAAACGGCA